GCGAAUCGAUCAAGGGGGCGAAUUUGUAUAUUUGUGGACUUCCAAAAACCAUGACAGAAAACGAAUUGGAGAGGUUGUUUCAACAAUGCGGCAAAAUUAUCACCUCCAGGAUACUCUGUGAUAACAUUACAAAUCAAUCAAAAGGAGUUGGAUUCAUCCGUUUUGAUCAGCGACAUGAGGCAGAAUUGGCCAUACAACGAUUCAAUGGUUAUCGAAUCAACGGUUCGAGUGAUGCCCCGUUGGUGGUCAAGUUUGCCAACCUCCCCACAACCGUGAAAACGUCCGGCCCGACAACACCCUCAUCGACUGUGGCAUAUCCCGAUGCCCUGACGGCGUUAUUACCCAACUUGUUUGAUUUGAAUAAGCUUGCUCUCGGCGGUUUCGCUCUAAAUCCGACCACGCUCACCAACACCAUCUUGUACAGGGAUCCGAACGCAGAUAUCCUGGAAAUACUGAACGCCAACCAUCAGAUGACAACAUCCUCAAAUGCAACUUCACAAGUCUCAUCCAUACCGAACACACCAAUCGGGAAGUCGAUGAAGAGAGUCGGUGGUCCGGUGCACAGUUCGGCAACACAUCGUCUACGCUUCAAUCCCCUUGAUGGCUGUGCGAUUCCCGUGCAAAUCAACCCUUUUGAACAGUCCAGUCUUAAUCAGCUUAGCAGUUUGACUUCCUCUCCUGCCGCGGCAAGUGGAUUGAAACUUAUUUCUAACAAGUAUCCCGAACAAGAUACAGCUACGCUGUCCCUGGCGGCCGCUUUGGUCUCAGCUGCCAAAUCUUCAACUGAUCCGCUUCCUGUGCAGACCUUCCCAGCACUGUCAGGACUCGCGCAGCAGCCACAGAUGACAGGAGGAAUGAGUCCGCAGUGUUUGACAGCCGCAAAUUACGACCCAAACCUAGUGACAUUCUGCUCCAUGCUCCCACUAGAAGCCUUUGUUGGUCUGUCAGACCCUCUGGGACGAGCAACCCCCAUGCCGCUGUUCACCCAUUCUGACCCAUACAUCCAGCAGUUGGGUCAGGCGGUGGCCAAUCGACCAGAUAUGUUACCAUCGUCCAUGACUUUCGCCAACGGUCUAGGAGAUCACACAACAACACCGACAACAACAGCAACGUGCACAGCCUCUACGUUGGCUUCCUUCAACCAAACGCUGACAACCCUGCCACCGUCUUCUGUCCUGGGCACUCAGACAGCUCUGGUCAAGGUGGAUGGCUUGCAGCCGAACACAGAUGAGUCGGUCCUGUGGCGAUUAUUCUCCACGUUUACCGGCGUUCUAUCAAUACAAAUCGACCGGGCAGGUGUCUACUCGGCCGAUACGUCGUCGCUGAUGGAUCAGGAGUCGUCACGAACAGCCUACGUGCUAAUGGCCCAGGCAGACCAGGCCAGAUUAGCGGCACAGUACCUGAAUGGGU